UCUAAAAACAUUUUAACUUCAUCAAAUCAGCAAUCUUAAGCUAUCAGAUAACUUAUAAUUCCAUGAAAAUAUGCAAAGAGGUAAUUCCAAAUCAAACAGAAAAUCAUGAAAACAUAUGGGGCAGAAGCCUUCGAAAGCAAAUCUCAAUGCAUCAGAGCCAGAAUUGGCGAGUAUUACAUUCCUCUAUUCCAAAGCAUAGAUACUUCACAAUGAACAGAGUUUGAUGACACCAUCAUCAGCUUCUUUGAGAAAACCAACGAAGGCUGGAUCUAUUAUAAAGGCUUAAUCAUUAAAUGCCUUGGUAUCAUAUUGAUCUUUUCACUAAAUGUAUUGCUUAUGAGUAGAACUAUAUCUGAAUUGCGGAUCCACCAAAGCACUAAAUCAACUCUCCAGAAUUUAUCUCCAGAAAGCAUCAACAAAUCUUCUAAAGGUCUAUCUAUCUUGAGCCAUUACAGCAACAGUGUUCAUUCCCAAAACCCGAGCGAGCAAAGUCAAGAGUCAAGUUGUCCAUCAAAGAAGCUCAUUGCUAAACCAAACUAUGAAAAGGUGAGCAUUUCCAAUUAACAAUCCGGAUCCUCAAGUAGUGGCUCAAGUGUUUCGCAUUCUUAAGAGUAAUGUAUGAAUGU